GGUGCGCCUGCGGGGAGGAAUAAGGAAAGGAUGGCCGCAGCGCUCCUACUCCGACGCGCCUGCUCCGCCUUCCUCUCCAGCACCACCACCGGCCCUCUCCCCCGCCUCCGGCAGCCCCGCGCCGCCAUGGCCACCGACUCCUCCGCCGCCCCGUUCCAGAAGAUCCAGAUCCAGCGCGAGGACACGACUUUUGAUGCCUAUGUUGUUGGCAAAGAAAAUGCUCCUGGAAUUGUGGUUUUGCAAGAGUGGUGGGGAGUAGAUUAUGAGAUAAAGAAUCAUGCGAUCCACAUUUCCCAACUUGGUGGAGGAUACAGAGCACUUAUUCCAGAUUUGUACCGUGGAAAAGUUGCUCUGGAUGUUGCUGAGGCACAGCAUCUGAUGGAUGGUCUGGAUUGGCAAGGCGCAGUUAAGGAUAUUCAGGCUUCAGUUAAAUGGCUCAAGUCAAAUGGAUCACCCAAGGUUGGUGUUACCGGCUAUUGCAUGGGUGGUGCUUUAUCAAUUGCAAGUGGAGUUUUAGUUCCAGAGGUUGAUGCUGUUGUUGCUUUCUAUGGGACACCAUCUUCUGAACUUGCCGACCCUUCUAAGGCUAAGGCUCCUAUCCAGGCCCAUUUUGGGGAGCAUGACAGUUUUGUUGGGUUUUCGGAUGUCACUGCGGCCAAGUCCCUGGAGGAGAAGCUCAAGUCUUCUGGGGUACCAUAUGAAGUCCACAUAUACCCUGGAUGUUCGCACGCCUUCAUGAACACUUCGCCCGAGGCCCUCAAGAGGAAGAAGGGAAUGGGUCUGACUGAUGAGAACCAGGAAGCCGUCGACCUGGCCUGGUCUCGCUUCUCUGCUUGGAUGGGCCGUUUCCUUGGAUCCGCUUGAGUCAUUCCCCACUUCAUGUGCUGUGUGAUUAUGUGUGGAGUCAAAAGGUCCCAUGAAUAAAAUGUUCAGAUCCAGGUUGCUGUAUCCAAACCAUACAAAUGGACUGGGUUGUAUUGCGCUUUGGAUUUGGUUGUCGUUCUGCAGUUUAUGAAUGAACUGUGGUGUCUUGUGAUUUC